CAAGUCCCUCCCAAGCUUCUGGAGGACCACCAGGCCUCCCAGUCCCACAGAUCAGGUUCCACCUUUCAAGGGGACUUUUCCAUCUUUAAUAUCCAGAAGCCACAGCUUCAGAGGAAGCUCAGCAGGGAUAAACAGCAAAGCAGCUUGCCCCACAAGGUUCAGCUGUCCCUGGAACUGAGGUGGCCUCAGGAUGAAUCCCUGGGGGUGAGUCAGGCACAGAGAGAGCAGGGGCUCUCAAGGCCCUUUGUGUUUAAAGGCAAAAGCAGCAAAGCUACAUGGAGGACCAGGUCCAGAUACCACAGGAAGUAUCAAGCAAGAUUCCAACUAGAGAAGAACUUUGGUAAGGGUCUAUGGCAGUGUCUGAAGAGGAUGCCAACAGGUCUCUCCAGGAUCUCAGCUAGGUUCCCAGUGAAGGUUCUGGGAACCAACUCUGAGAAGGAGUUUGGAAGACCCUUGAUAGGGGCCUUGGAGGGUGAUCCAGGAAAAUACUUAGCCAGGGGCCCAGAUAAGAAAUAUCUAGAAAAAACUUUAAAGGUUCAUUUGCACAGGAAAUUGGGACAGAUCAGUAAAGGUCUGAUCCCUGUGACUGUGUGUCGAUCCUGGUUUAUGGCCAGCCAUGCUUUUCCCAAGUCCCAACCCCACAUGGCUAUCAGAAAUCUAGCACCCUUGAAGGAUCGGAAGCCCUGUGUAAACACCUCCCAUGAGCUGUCCUUCCUUUGUCCUAACACUCAGCAGAAGCUGGAAACACACAUCAUAAGUUUUCGAGUGAGGCAUAAGUGGGACCUACCUCUCCAAACUGUUGAGCCCAUAGAUCUCCAACUACAUGAAGUUCAACACUUGCCUUUUCCCCAGUCUCCCUUUCCAUGCUCAGCCACCUUUGUACCUGGGGCCCCAUCAAAAGCCAAAUUUUACAAGUUCUUGGAGGAACUACCUCAGCCCCAUCCAGGAGAGAAGGGUAUAACUGAAAAGUCUGAUCCCACUUCAGGGAGUCCCCUGCCUGUUCCCUCACCCAUAUGUGAGCAAAUCCAGCAGGCCCUGGGAGGGACUUCACCUGGUGAUGGCCAUCAGUCCUCAGAGACGUCUUUAUCAAGACAGGAGGGCAGAUCACCUUCUCAGGCCUCCAUUCUCAGUCUCCCAAACAGAACCCUGCACAGCAAGACUGUUAUGGGGGCCAAGAAAGACAGCCUGGAACCAAGUCCAAGUUUAGCAAUGGCCAGUAAUGAGCUAAAAGAGGAGAAUGGGGGUCAGGCCUCACCAGACAUGGUAGCAACACUGAAGAUGGAGCUCAGGUCCCAAACUCCAAGGUCUGAAGGGGCCACAGAGGUGAUGGAGGCCAAGAAGGUCCCUGCUUGGAAAGUUGUCUUAAGUCCCAGUGGGCUAGCCAACAAACCAGCCAUUUAUGUGGAUCUGAGGAGAUCAGGAUAUCCAGGUGCUAGGAAAAGCCCCUCACCAUCUACAGUGUUGGUUGCUCAAGAUCCAGAGGAGGUAAGCCUUAAAACAAAGUUUAGUAAGGUUGAGCUCCAAGAGAAGAUAGAGUCAGAGAACCAGCCUGAUGACCAUACCACUGGUGUGCUUCCUCAAGAUUCUCCCAGUGACCUCCUCCUUCCAGACUUUGCCACUUAUGUGCUUGUUGAAGACAGUGGCACUAAUGUGCUCCUGCCAGACUCUCACACUAAUGCUGUCCUUGCUGCAGACAGCUUGACCACUCAAGAGUCACCCUCCUGUUCCCAAGUGGAAUGUGCCAGUGGAGAGACACCAGCUUCCCCAGUGUCACAUAACCUUAGCUCAAGUGGAUCGAGGAGUGAGGGGCAGCAAGAGCCCUGUGGACCAAAGGUUGAGGAACCAAAUGACAGCCAGAGCAACAGUGAGACCACUGAUGAGGGAAAGGACCAGAAGAGACCCAAACCAGAAGAGAAUGAAGACAGGUGUGCAGAAACGUUGGAAAUCAGGGCUUCCCAAGCUAGUGAGAUAGGCCACCCUCCCCAGGUCAGAGGAUCAGGAGAGA